GAAAAAUCAAAGAACAUAAAGAUAUUGCUUGAAUUCCUUAUUUGGUACACAAAUUUGGAAUUUAUUGGUUAGAGACGUGCUACACUAACUAAUCGUCUUCAUGUUUAGCGUGGUCAAAACCAGCUCUCAUAUAUAUAGUUAUAUAUAUGUUGUAUGCAUAUCCUAAAGACAGAUAAAAAGCUUGGGAGGGUUCACAUGCUCAUAUCUUUGUUUCAAGAAGUGAGUGAAAUAUGAAGGUUUCUCUUUUACAUUUAAUAGGUUUUCUUCUUUUAGGAGGGGUGCUGCCUAUUCAAGCUGCUCUCAUCCGUCGCCAUAGGUUUGUGUUGACAGAUACUCCAUACACAAGGCUUUGCACCAACAAGAGCAUUUUAGUGGUAAAUGGACAAUUUCCAGGUCCAACUUUAUAUGCCAAUGAAGGAGAUACAUUAGUUGUUGAUGUGCAAAACCGAGCAAGAGAAAAUGUAACCAUUCACUGGCAUGGAGUCAAGCAACCUCGAUAUCCAUGGUCAGAUGGUCCAGAGUAUAUUACUCAAUGUCCCAUACAACCCGGGUCAAAUUUUAGCCAGAAGAUUUUGCUUUCGGACGAGAUAGGAACUUUGUGGUGGCACGCCCAUAGCGAUUGGUCACGCGCCACUGUGCACGGCGCAAUUGUUAUUUAUCCCAGGAAGAAAAAUAAUUAUCCUUUUCCUAAGCCUGAUAAAGAAGUGCCCAUCAUACUAGGAGAAUGGUGGAAUAGUGAUAUACAGGCAGUUCUGACCGAGUUUCUUGGUAAUGGAGGGGAUCCAAAUGUUUCUGAUGCUUUCCUCAUAAAUGGACAACCUGGAGAUCUCUAUCCAUGCUCAAGAUCAGAUACUUUUAGGCUGACAGUGGAAUAUGGGAAAACUUACUUGAUUCGAAUGGUUAAUGCCGUCAUGAACAACAUUAUGUUCUUUUCUAUUGCAAACCACAGUGUCACCAUCGUUGGAUCAGAUGCUAGCUACACAAAGCAAAUUAGUAGUGAUUAUAUUGCCAUCUCUCCAGGACAAACCAUUGAUUUCUUGUUGAAAGCUAACCAAACACCUAGUCACUACUACAUGGCUGCCCACGUUUAUGCUAGUGCUGGAAACUACGACAACACAACCACAACAGCUAUUAUUGAGUACAGAGGGAAUUAUACCCCUCCAUCCUCGCCAUUGCUUCCAAGUCUUCCCAUCUUCAAUGAUACAAGUGCUUCAGUUAAUUUCACAAGAAGACUCAGAAGUUUAGGAAAUAAAGAUUAUCCAGUCGACGUUCCUAAAAAUGUAACAAAUGCAUAUUUGUUUACACUUUCCAUCAAUUUAACCCCAUGUCCUAAUAAUUCAUGUGAAGGGCCAUUCAACGAGCGCUUUCGAGCAAGUGUGAAUAAUAUAACCUUCGUGCAGCCUACUAUUGCAAUUCUUCAGGCUUACUAUCGGCGCAUCAGAAAUGUCUUUGGUGUUAACUUUCCUAGUGAUCCACCAUUCGUUUUCAAUUUUACUGCAGACAUUGUCCCUAGAGCCCUAUGGAGGCCUCAAAAUGGCACAAGAGUAAGAGUUCUUGAAUAUAAUUCUACCGUGGAGAUUGUUUUCCAGGGAACAAACACAGUUGCAGGAAUAGACCAUCCUAUGCACUUACACGGACAGAGCUUUUAUGUAGUUGGAUGGGGUUUUGGAAACUUUGAUAACAACACUGAUCCAGCGAAUUAUAAUCUUGUCGACCCUCCACUAAUGAACACUAUUGCAGUUCCUGUAAACGGUUGGACAACAGUCAGAUUCCAAGCAAGUAAUCCUGGAGUUUGGUUGAUGCAUUGCCAUUUAGAGCGCCAUAUAAGUUGGGGAAUGGAGAUGGUAUUCAUUACCAAAAAUGGCAAGGGAAAAGAUGCUAGAAUGUUGCCUCCACCUCCAGAUAUGCCCCCAUGUUGAUGCUGUGGCACAUUGCAACUUUCCUAUUCUAUCGAUGAUAUAUAUACAUCAAGUUUAGCCGAUGUGGCUGUACUAUAUGUUGAAGAUGUAAAACAUCGUAUGAAGAGAUUACUUGUAAUUUGCUUCGAAUUGUAUACGACUUGUAAGGAUGAAUUAUUAGUUUAAUUAUUACCUUUAGAAAAAUAAAUUUGUGUCGCUCAAAAUUUUGAGAAAUUUAUUUCGGUGAAUUUAAUGUGUGGACUUUUUUCAA